GCAAUCACGUGACUGUAAGCGGAAGUAAAUAAACUGCUUUCCCGCGCAGUCAAAUAACUAUAAGCUAGGCGUUUGUGGAAGAUCCGACACAAUGGACGAGCUUUAUUUGGAUAAUAUUGAUGAAUAUGUUAACGAUCACAACAAAAUAGUAACCUAUAAAUGGCUCAGUCUGACUCUUGGAAUCCAUGUCAACACAGCUAAACAGAUGCUUUACCAUUACUUGGAGCACAAGAGGAAGGAGAGCUCACCUCAGCUCCACGCCACAUACCUCGUGUCUGGGAAACUGGAGGACAAAGGUCAAAUGUGUCACAAGGUGUCUGUUGUCAGAGAAGACCAAUUAGAAGAUUUCAAAUCCAAGAUGAGUUUGAUAGUGAGCGUUCAUGUCUACAGCGUCCAAAAAGCUUUGCUCAAAGACAGCGGCCCCCUCUACAGUGUCGACUACGAUGCUGUUAAAGACAACCUGAAGAACUGCAGCAGAUACAGCGCGAUCCGAUGUGCCGGAGCGGUGCCCAUGUCUGCCGUGGAGCUGCAGCAGGUCCAGGAAAUCCAGCGACCUCCUCCAUCGGCGCCUGAAAAUAAAAAGUCUGCCAUGAACGGGGACAACAACAUGGCCUCCAAACUAUCAAGCAAGCCACAGAAAGGCAUCAUGGGAAUGUUUGCAAAUAAAUCUGCACCCAAAAAUCAGGAUAACAGCAAAGAAGUAAAGCCUGAACCCAAAGAAGAAUCUCCUGUGCCAGAAGCUCCAAAAAACAAACCAGCAGCGAAGUCCAGUCAGAUAGCCAACUUCUUUGGAGUUCAAACAAAGAAACCAGAGAAACCUGUGGAGAAGCAGCAAGAGGCUCAGUUGGCCAUCGCAUCAGAGCAGCAGCAUCAGAGAACGACGGCGGAGGAACCUGCAGCCGUGCAGCUGCACAAAGAAACCAAAACAGAUUCCAGGAGCAAAACAAAGCGAAUGGAAGAGUCUGAUAGCGAGGAGGAGAAAAUGGAGAAAAAGAAGAGGCGAAGAAUCAAGAAACCACAACCAGACAGCAGCGAUGAAGAUGUUAUUCCAGAUUCUCCACCUCAGAUGAAAACAAGCGAGCCGAGUCCAAAAAAGGAGCCAGAGACUGUCCAACGUUCACAUACAAGCUCUGGAACCAAAAUAAGGAGGAGGAGAAAAGUCCUGAAGUCACGAACCUUUAUGGAUGAGGAAGGGUGCAUUGUAACAGAAAAAGAUUACGUGAGCGAAUCUUACUCUGAGACAGAUGAUGACUUUCAGAGCACCAAACAAGCUCCACGUAACAACAAUAAAGCAAAGCUAACGUCGAGCAGCAAAGACGACGACAAAAAGGCUCAGAAGAAAUCAUCAGCGAGCUCAAAUAAAGGAAAUAAACAAGCUUCCAUUAUGGGAUUCUUCCAAAAGAAAUGAGACAUUUCUGCUGGUUCUGAGGACCAACGUCGAACUGUUGGCAGACAUCCUACGAAGACGUUUAGAUAAACUGACUUAGUUCACUUAAAUGGACAUAGUUGAAAGGCAGAACAACAUUUCUCAACUGAACUUGAGCCUUUAAACAUCAAGUUUUUAUGACACUGCUGAUUAAUUCAAUAAACAUGGAAUUUAAACAAA